AUGCCUCCCUUUAAAAGAAAAUUCAUAUCCAGCAAUGCUGAAACGGACGAAUCAAAUACAAACAAUGUCGAUAAUGAAUCGGACGAUCCUCAUAAGAUUGAGGAUAAAAAUGGAGAUUGGAUGACAGAAGUUAUAGAAAACGAAAAUGAUCCGUCUGACGAUGAUAAUAAUGUUGAAUCAAAUAAUGAAAAAAUUGUUAAUGAUGAAUAUGCCUUUGAUUCAUCGGAUGAAGAGGACAUCAGAAACACUGUGGGAAAUAUUCCGAUGAAUUGGUAUGAUGACUACCCGCAUCUAGGAUAUGAUUGGGAUGGUAAAAAAAUUUUUAAACCAGAAAACAGAGAUCAAUUAGAAGAAUUUUUGAGUAAAAUGGAAGAUCCAAACUAUUGGCACACAGUUAAGGAUUCUCAAACUGGUCAAAAUGUUAUUUUAUCAAAUAAUGAUAUUGAUUUGAUUCAAAGAAUGCAAAGUGGAAAAAUUCCUGAUAGCACAUAUGAUGAAUAUGCACCCUGGAUUGAUUGGUUCACAAAAGAUGUGAUGAAAACUCCUUUAAAAAAUGAUCCUAAUCAUAAAAGAUCAUACCUUCCUAGUAAAUCUGAACAAGAAAAAAUAGCAAAACUUGUUCAUGCUUUAAAAAUGGGUUGGAUCAAAACUGAAGAGGACAAAGAAAAGGAAAGGCAAGAAAAAAAACAACCUAAAUUUUACAUGUUGUGGAAAUCUGAUGAUACAUCAGAGAGAAUGAGAAGAAUUCACAAUCAUAUUCCUGCUCCGAAAAGGCUUUUACCUGGUCAUGCAGAAUCUUACAAUCCACCAUCGGAAUAUUUAUUCGAUGAUAAAGAAUUAAAACAAUGGAAUAAGCAAACAAGACUGCAGCAGAAGCGUAAGUUACAUUUCUUACCACAAAAAUAUAGUUCUUUACGUGAGGUUCCAGCAUAUGACAAAUUCAUUUACGAAAGAUUUCAACGAUGCUUGGAUUUAUAUCUUUGUCCUAGAGGAAGAAAAAUGAGGUUAACGAUCGAGCCGGAAGAUUUGAUUCCGAAACUUCCAAGUCCCAAAGAUCUUCAACCGUUUCCAACCGUUUUGUCUCUUAUAUAUCAAGGUCAUACUGAUAUGGUUCGAACUCUCUCCAUUGAUGCCAGAGGUCAAUUUUUGGCAUCUGGCUCAGAUGAUAUGACUGUUAAAAUAUGGGAAGUAUCAACGGGUCGAUGUUUAAAAACGAUACACUGCGGUGGAGUUGUGAGAUCAAUCAGUUGGUGUCCAAGCCAAUCUAUUUCACUCAUAUUAAUUGCUGCCGAUAGAAAAGUUUUACUCGUAAAUCCAGAAGUUGGCGACUUGUUAGUUUGUUCUAAAACAAAUCAUCUUUUGGAAGACCCUCCUGAAUCGGAUGUGAUAAUUCCUGAAAGGGUGAAAGCAGUCGUACAAUGGGAAGCAAUAAAUCCUACAAGUCAAGAAUGGCUUAAAGGAAUUCGAAUAAUAAUUAAUCAUUUUAAAGAAGUAGUACAGGUUAGUUGGCACGGUAGAGGAGAUUAUUUUUCCACUGUUAUGCCAGAGGGUUCUAAUCGUUCUGUGAUAAUUCAUCAAUUGUCAAAAAGAAGAUCCCAAAUACCAUUUAACAAAAGUAAAGGAUUAAUUCAAUGCGUUUUGUUUCAUCCUAUAAAACCAUUUUUAUUCGUUGCCACUCAAAAAAAUAUUCGAAUUUACGAUUUAGUUAAACAAGAAUUAUUGAAAAAACUUUUAUCUAAUUCUAAAUGGAUUUCAUCAAUGGCGAUUCAUUCGGGAGGAGAUAAUCUUUUAGUGGGUACAUACGAUAGAAAAAUGUUGUGGUUCGAUUUAGAUUUGUCCGUUGAACCGUAUCAAACGCUCAGACUUCAUAAUCAAGCCGUUAGAAGCGUUGCUUUCCACAAGAGAUACCCGUUAUUUGCUUCCGGUUCGGAUGACAAAAACGUUAUCGUUUCUCACGGAAUGGUUUACAAUGAUCUUUUACAAAAUCCUUUGAUCGUGCCGCUUAAAAGACUGAGUCAUCAUGAAAGUAAUAAUGAUUUUGGAGUUUUUUCCGUUUUAUUUCAUCCAACUCAGCCUUGGUUGUUUUCAAGCGGAGCCGAUGGAAAAAUUUUCCUUUACACCUAA